AUGGAGUGUCGCAAGAAGGCGGACAAAGAACGACAAACACUGUUUACCAUUCGCAUGACCAGCGAUGAGUUGACCAACUUGAAAGCCAAGAUUCACUUUUCUUUUCUCGACAAUCACGGAAAGCUUCUGAUUGACAAGGAAAGCGAAGACAUUUGCAAUUUUACCGGUAACGAUCAAGGCUGGUCCUGGAACAUUCCCUACAAGUAUCUGACCGAAUUGGUUUAUGGCGAACUAAAGUCAUCGACCAACGCCAGUGAUCGCUUCAUCGUUCGCUGUCAGGUGACACUUUUGAGCGGGACAAAGGCAAUAACCAGUUGCAAGCGAAAGGAUCGUUUCGAGAUUCCACCAUGUCGCCAGGUGGAGAAUCUGGGCGCCUUCUACGGUGUGUCGAAGUACGCCGAUCUGCAGAUUGUCGUUGGUGGCGUCACGCUGACUGCUCACAAGAUUGUCGUUGCUAGUCAGUCUCCGGUUUUUGCCGCUAUGCUAGAACACGAAACCAAGGAGGCCAUCGAGAACCGCAUCAUCAUUGAAGACAUUAGCGCCGAGGUUUUCCAGCAGAUGCUAGCCUUCAUGUACACCGGAAAGGUGGAGGCCAUCGAGCAGAACCCAUUUGAUUUGCUGGUCGCUGCCAACAAGUACGGUCUCGAUCGACUGAAGGCUCUCUGCGAGAAGGCCCUCAGUGCGCAGCUGACGGUGCACAACACCGCCGCGAUUCUCAUGCUUGCUGACAUGCACAAUGCCAACCAGUUGAAGGAGUUUAUUAUUGACUUUAUUAACGAAUCUACCAAAGAAGUGCUGAGCACUUCUGGUUGGAAGAGUCUCGCCCAGUCGAAUGGACUGCUCGUUUCUGAGGUUUUCGGACUUCUCAUGGCGAAAUCUCACUCGGCUCGCAGUUAUUGCAGUCUGAUGCCGUCAAAGCGCAAGAUAAAGACUACCCAUGGUGAUUAUCAUUGCACCAAGUAA